AUGUUAUAGUGCGAGUUUUCUUAAUACAUUAAUAAUUUAAAUAAAUAAAUAAAUUGGAUUUUUUUGUAUCUUUGUUGUAAUUCAAAUUCUAAAAAAUCUAAAAAUUUUUUUUUGUGUCUCUCUCUUCUUAUCUUAAAGUAAGCGUAUGAUUUAAAAUCAAAAAAAUUAGACUAAGACAAAAUAGACUUUUAAAGCUAUACUAUCCUAUGUAUUAUCAAAAAAUAACAAAAAUUUUACAAAAUUAGACUUGCAAGUAAAUUAUUCUUGUGGUUGUUUGUUUGUUUGUCUCAAGGUAAAGAAAUGAAUUGUAUGUGUAAAAAAUAAUAAAUAAAUAAAGAAAAUAGAAAUUAAGAAACUAACUAACUAACUAACUAACAAACAAACAAAUAAUAUUAUGCUUUUGUUUAAAUAUUUUUCUUUUGGGAGAUUACUUUUAAUUUUUCUUUAAUAUUUUUUUAAUAUUUUUGA